CGCUCCGCACGAGGGUAGGGAGCCGAGGCAGAAAGGGCCGCGGGGCGGGGGACCGAAGACGAGAAAGGGAAACGGCGAGCACCAACACGUAAUUUAUCUGGAAAAAGAAAAACAGAGAAAAAAAGAAAAAGUAAAUCCGGAAGGGGCGGUGCGGUUGAGGCGGAGGAAGAGGGGGAAGAGGAGGGCAGAUGGCAACGCUGCAGAGCUGGCGAAAGGCAUACGGCGCCCUCAAGGACACCACAACCGUCGGCCUCGCCAACCUUAACAGUGAUUUCAAGGACCUGGAUGUUGCCAUCGUCAAAUCCACGAAUCAUGUGGAGUGCCCGCCCAAGGAGAGGCAUCUCAGGAAGAUCUUGGCGGCCACUUCCAUGGCCCGCCCCCGUGCCGACGUUGCCUACUGCAUACACGCUCUCGCCCGGCGGCUCGCCAAGACCCACAACUGGACGGUGGCACUGAAGACACUCAUAGUUAUCCAUAGGCUUCUUAGGGAGGGUGAUCCUUCAUUCCGUGAGGAGCUGCUUAAUUUUUCCCAGAGGGGACGCAUACUUCAAUUAUCAAACUUCAAGGAUGAUUCAAGUCCUAUUGCUUGGGAUUGCUCUGCUUGGGUUCGCACUUAUGCAUUAUUUUUGGAGGAAAGACUGGAAUGCUUCAGGGUUUUAAAAUAUGACGUUGAAGCUGAGCGCUUGACAAAACCUGCUCAAGGGUCUGAAAAGGGUCACAGUAAAACUAGAGAAUUGGAUAGUGAAGACUUGUUGGAGCAAUUGCCUGCUUUACAGCAGUUAUUAUAUCGUCUUAUUGGAUGCCAUCCGGAAGGGGCUGCUGUGAGCAAUUAUGUGGUACAAUAUGCUCUAGCCCUGGUGUUGAAAGAGAGCUUUAAAAUUUAUUGUGCUAUUAAUGAUGGAAUUAUCAACCUUGUUGAUAAGUUUUUUGAGAUGCCAAGACAUGAAGCAAUUAAAGCUCUUGAUAUCUACAAGAGAGCUGGACAACAGGCUGGAAGUCUUUCUGAUUUUUAUGAAGUUUGUCGGGGAGUAGAACUUGCUAGAAAUUUCCAAUUUCCAAACUUGAGAGAGCCCCCACAAUCAUUUCUUGUAACCAUGGAAGAAUAUAUAAGGGAGGCUCCGCGAGUGGUUUCGGUUUCCAGAGAGCCAUUGGAGUUUCCAGAGAGACUUCUUUUGACAUACAAACCGGAAACAACUCCUGCGCCCUUAGAGGAGGAAAACCCAUCCCUUGAUGAACCCAAACCAACACCAUCUAAUGUUGAAGUUGCAUCUCCUCAUAAGGCAGUGACUGAAGAUGCUGGAGACCUACUGGGAUUACAUGAAACAAAUCCUGGUGCAUCUGCAAUAGAGGAAAGCAAUGCAUUAGCCUUGGCCAUUGUUCCAUCUGGCGGUGCUCCUUCCAGUGAUUCUGGUAUGGUGCAAGAAAAAGGAUUUGAUCCAUCAGGAUGGGAACUUGCCCUUGUUACUACUCCUAGUAGCAACAAUUCAUCUAUGGUUGAAAACCAGUUGGGUGGUGGUUUUGACAAGCUCACAUUAGAUAGUCUCUAUGAUGAGGCAACAUAUAGACAACAGCAGCAGCAGCAAUUCUAUGGAGCGUCAGCUCCAAAUCCUUUCUUGUCAGCUGAUCCAUUCAUGAUGUCGAACCAAGUAGCUGCCCCUCCAUCUGUUCAAAUGGCUGCCAUGGCUCAUCAGCAGCAACAAAUGUCCAUGAUGGCGCCGCCAAAUCCCUUUGCUCAGCCCAUCCCCCAGCAGCAUGUGGUCAUUGGGGCUGCACCAAAUCCCUUUGGUGAUGUUGGUUUUGGAGCUUUCCCAGCAAAUAACCCUCAACACCAGAGCAAUCCAUUCGGUACACAACUGCUGUAAUGCGAGGAAUGCCUGUAUCUUCUACACCACACCAUUUUUUGUGUGCAAUAUCUUGCGAAUUGUCUGUCUGAAAUGGCUAUAACGUGUUGUUUGGAUUGUAAAGAAACGGGAAGUAUGUAAUGAUAUAAAAUGUAUGGGAGCUACCAGCCAUAGAUGUGCUUUGAUUUGGAGCGUAUGUGUGCUGUACCUGGUUGUAGAGUUGCUGCCUUACAAAUCAAGCACCAGUAAGCAGACUCGUCUGAGUACAAUGAAUAAUGAUUAAGACAAUCGCAA